CCGGGCGUUACUGUGGUGUGCGUGCGUGCGUGCGUGUGUGUGUGUGUGUGCGUGUGCGGUGCGUCCGUGUGUCUCGAGGCUGUCCUAUCGGCUUUCCAUCUGCUCUACAGAAGCGUAUGCGGGGCCCAGUCAAGGGGAGGCAGGGAGAAGACGAGGGUGGUCAGUUAGGGGUCAACAAAUUUCUAAGGGGUAAUAAUGCAUAAAGCAAUCCAUACAGAUAGUCGCACUGUACCGAAUUUGGAUCAUUUAUACCAAUUCUAAGCUCAAACCUAUUGAAGGUUGUUUAAAAUUGUUACCUAUAUUUUGUAGCAAAUUUUUUGUUAAAAAUUUAAUACAAGCAAGAAAUUCUAAAUCACCCGCCCCAGAAAACAGCCUCCCUCAGCGCUUCUCACUCACUGAGGCCGUUCGAAUUCGCCUUCGUUGACGGAUCGGAACAGCUUGAUUAGACGCACAGAUUGAAUUCAGCAAACUUUCUUAUUUGAAUUGGCUCAAAACUCCCAUCCCCAAAAACCGUUAGUAAAAGCAUAAAAGAAAGGAAUUUUUUUUUCGCAAAAUUUCUCAAAAUUUACAAAACAAAUUUAAAAACCCUCCCCCAACGACAGGCACUGCAGCGUCGCACCGCACACAAGCCGAACAAAACGAAGCGAAUAGCAAACAACAAAAAAAAGUCCCGUAAAGUAAACGAAGAAAACGAAGAAUCCCGCAGAAAACGAGAUUGAAGAAGACGAAGAAGAAAAGAGAAGAAAAAGAAGAGGAAAAAGAGCAAAAGAAAAAACGGGCCCCAAAAGCCAUAAAGCCAUGUUCUCGAUUGAAUCCAUUUUAAAGUCUCAAAUCUCACAGAGGUAGUGUAGCACGUCCCUGGUUCCGUUCCAGCGCACAACAGGAUAUGUUUUUUGUGUUUCAAAGCCGUCGAGCAAACUUGAUGAGGAAACUGGUGGCCCCGGGGCGGGUCAUGAUUAGUAUUGCCGUUUUGCAAAAGUUUCAAACGACCAAAGAAGCAAUCGAACGCUGUCGAGAGUUAGGAUGCAGAUACAGCACGUGCGGGAUCUGUGCGCGGUGCCAGGGGCGGCGGCCGAGCUCAACUGUACCGGUGACAUCCUAUCCGUGCAGAACCUGCUGCCGCAGCUAGCGGCACCGGAGAACAAACCUCACCAGUGCCAGCAGUGCUUGAAGAGCUUCUCCUCCAACCACCAGCUGGUGCAGCAUAUUCGCGUGCACACGGGCGAGAAGCCCUACAAAUGUUCCUACUGUGAUCGGAAGUUCAAGCAGCUUUCCCAUGUGCAGCAGCACACCCGUCUGCACACCGGCGAACGCCCUUAUAAGUGCCAUCUGCCGGACUGUGGCCGUGCUUUUAUUCAGCUUUCCAACUUGCAACAGCAUCUGCGCAACCACGAUGCGCAGGUCGAGCGGGCCAAAAGCCGCCCGUUUCACUGCAACCUGUGCGGCAAGGGCUUUGCGACCGAGUCCAGCCUGCGCACUCACACUUCGAAGGAGCUUCAGUUGCAUCUGGGUGUGCUGCAGCAGCAUGCCGCCCUGAUCAGCAACUCGAACAGCGUCACCUGUAACGUGUGCAGCAAGAUCUUUCUCGGCGUCGAAGCACUGAACGAGCACAUCAAGUACACGCACAAGGAGGUGGCAGGUAUGGUCAAGCGGCGUGUUGCAAACCAUCCCUGCCCGAUGUGCGGGAAGCAUUACGUCAACGAGGGUUGCCUGCGGAAGCAUCUGCUGACACAUCCACGCACACCGACGUUCCGUUCGAAUCUUCAGAUGUGGCCAUGCUCGGUGUGUCAGGCGGUAUUUACGCACGAAUCCGGUUUAAUCACCCACAUCGAACACAUGAAGAUGGACCCGAAACAUCAGUUUGCCGCCCAGUACAUGUUCACGAAGGCGGUGGUGGAACAGCGGGAAAAGGAAUCGGCCGGCGGUGGUAGCAGUAUGGUUGGCAUGGGUGGCGUACCGGGCCUAUCCACCUCGAUGGUGACGGUGAAGGAGCUAGCGCACAACAGCAUCUCGCCGCUAAACUAUUCGGAAAAUUCGUCCACGAUGGGAUCGGAAAAGAAUGGCGAAAGUACGGGCGCUAGCGGCGGUGGCGGCGGUACCGGCGCAACAGGCGUCGGCGUAGGCGGCGGCAAUAAUGGUGGCGGUGGCGGUGCUGGUGGUAGCGGGGGUGGUGUGGCGACGGGUUCGGUGUUCGAUAAUCACCGUAUGCCCAACCCGCACGGUUUACCCUUCGGUGGUAGCGGGGGCACCAACGGAGGGACCGGCAGCGGAGGUGGCGGCGGCGGAGGCGGCGGGAAUGGGGGUGCGCUCGGUGGGACGAACGGUGGUACGAAUGGUGUGGGUGGUGGCGGGAUCUGCGCCGGUGGUAGCGCGAUCGAUAACAAUAAUAGUCAAUUUUCGCGCAUGAUGAUGAUACAGGAGCCGAAGUUCGAGCCGGACCUGAUGCUGAAUGAGGGCACACCGUCGGCGGUGCAGGCGGCGGUGGUGAACCUAGCGACCGCGAUGCGCAUCGGGCAGACGUUCAAGAGCAACACGAUGCACGGCGAGCUGCACGGUAACGCGAACCUCGGUCCGUUGAAGAAGAAAAGUAAUAUGCUUAAUUUUAACGACACCAAAUACACACUAGCUAACCGUCAAAAAUAUCCCGUGGCGUCUACAGAGUCGUCGAUCGGUCAGAACCACUGUCCCGCUACCUCGGAGACGGCGAUACGGAUCCAGCAGGCGGAAGCGAUCCUGCGCUCGCAGGCCGAGGCCGCGUUGCGCUUGGCGGUGUCCCAGGCCCAAGCCGUCGUGUCGUCCAACGCUGGCAUUGGCAGUGGUGGUGGCGGUGUAGGAGGCGCGGGCGGUGGUAACGGUAUCGGUGGUGGUGGUGGUCCGGGUGGGCCGGUCGGUGUGCAGCUCGGUGGCAUGCUGGGGCACCAUAAUCCGCACGCGCUCGUUACCGGUCGCAGCUGCAACGAGGAUGCCCGGACCGCCAACGACAACAACUGUGGCCAGUUCGAUCCGACCGGCGAACAUCUGCGGGCGGCCAUGCGCGAACAUCAGGCGCAGCAGCAGCAGGCGAACGAUGAUUGCCACCCGUUCGCCCACAGUCCCGUACCGCGCAACGGGCUGGACCUUACCGAUGAGUUCCUAAAGAGUGAAAAUGUGCUGAAGGGGUGAGAGUAGAGGACGCACUACUACCACCACUAAAUCCCGCACCGCACCGAAGCGCCCGGCUCUAGGGCACAGCGAGAAGGAAGUGACGCACAAUGGUAGCUUCCUUUUGUUUAUUUUUUUAAAUUUUUAUUUUUAGAACGACUAUUGUGGAGAGAGGUUGUGCACGAACGCAACGCGGAGUCAGUUAUUAUCUACCUUUGUAAUGGUAUAUCAAAUACUUUGGUGCAUUUACUGUUUGUGGAGAGAAUCAAAACGGAUGGGAAGCGACACGGCGGACACCGGAUGGAAGAAUUUAAACAACUCCGCACACAAUAGUAGAGAAAAGGAUGUUAAACCCCUAGCAAUCUUUGUCACGAAUUUGCGAAUGACCUUCACCGAUUCGUCCAAAACACUUGGAAGCGCAACCAACCGGGGCAUUCGCAACCAGAAUAUGAAGCAUUAUUUUGUUCGUUUGUUUUUGCGAUAAUGUAAAACUUUUAAGACUAAACAAAAACGACGAAACAAAGUGUAAGAGAAUGGGGCACACGAUGAGGAAGAAAGCGUACACAAACAAAAAAAAAACAAAAAACCGAAUGUGAAGAAGAAAAAAAGGGACUCGAUGUGUGAAUUAUUAAGCAAAACAUGAAUUAUAUGUAUAAAAUGAAAGCAAACAAACAAACAAACACAAAAUAAACCGACAGAUCCCCCCUUUUUUGCUGCAUUAUGCCACACUCGGAGCAAAAGAAGAAAAAAAAAACAUUCGCUCCGAGCUCAAAAAACGGACAAA